ACAGGAGGCGGUGCGCUCGCGGCCUGCUGACAGUGCGGUGUGCGCAGGCGCAUGUGCGAUUGGAUCGUGAGAUGGCUCGACAUGUUUUCUUAACGGGGCCUCCAGGUAUUGGUAAAACAACCCUAAUUCACAAAACCAUAGAUGUGUUGAAAUCUUCUGGUGUUCCUGUUGAUGGAUUUUACACUGAAGAAGUCAGAAAAGAUAGAAGAAGAAUAGGAUUUGAUGUUGUUACAGUAUCGGGUAAGCGAGGACCUUUGUCCAGAACUAGCAAUGAAUCAGGGGCUCUGAACUGUAGAUGUGAAUAUCGAGUUGGCCAAUAUGCAGUGGAUCUUCCAUCAUUUGAAUGCCUAGUCCUCCCUCUUCUCCGAAAAGUUAAUGACAGAAAUGACACAGAGAAAAAGGUGUAUGUGAUAGAUGAGAUUGGCAAAAUGGAGCUCUUUAGUGAACCCUUUAUCCAGUGUGUACGUCAAGUCCUAGAUGGAUCCGGUGCCACCAUUCUUGGGACUAUUCCUAUCCCGAAAGGAAAGCCUUUAGGACUUGUGGAAGAAAUCAGAAGCAGAAAGGAUGUUAAAAUAUUUAAUAUUACAAAGGAUAAUAGAAACAAUGUUGUAGAAGAGAUUGUCACAUCAGUGCAAGACUGCAGAGAAUUAAAAGGAAACUGAUUCAGAAUGUGGAUGAUUACAAGAGAAUGUGUCCUAUGAGUUGUGCAGGUUUUUGAUUGUUCUUUAUAUUCUAUUUUGUGCUUCAGGCUUCUUCCAACUUUAAGCAAUACUUAAAGAUUUAGUAUACAUCAGGUUGCUCCUUCCACUUCGAGUGCACUAAUGUUUUGUUCUUGUUUAUAAAAGUGUUAUUUGAAUUCAUGAUUUUUUUCCUAACUUAUGUACAUUCUUUUAGGGAGUUAUUAGAAGUUUACCAGAAUGUAUACUGAUCUAUUUUGAUGGUCACUAUUUGUGAACUGCAUGUAAUCAAGUUAUUUGUUAAUAACAGUCAUGUGAAAUAUAACAUUGCUGCAUAAUA